UGGCGCUGGAUGUGAGGUACCUCGAGGCCAUCGCCAAAGAGCUGUGUUGUUUCAGCACACCAUCCUGAUGACUCCGAGGACGCCGUCUCCGCAUCCGCAUCUACACCCACGCCUACAUCUCCCAUCCACAGCGUCUACUUUGACUAACACAACUACACCUACGCCCAUGCCCGUCCUCGUGUCUACACGCCUCUCUCUUGACCAUCACAUCCAACUACCUAUUCAUUGCUUAUCCAAAAGACCCUCGCCACUGGGGUACGUUGCGCUUUGGCUUCGGAGCUGAUGAACAGGAGAUGCUCCUGACGCGAACGAGAGGGGCUCGCAGCGUAUAUCAGCACAU